AUGCGUCGAGAUGCCAAAGCCAUCACCCAGCUGAUUGUCGACAAGAAUAUCGAGUACACCAAAGCAACUCCAUCUGAGUACAAUAGUUGGCUGUGGGUCGGUACCACCACUCUCCGAGAAGCUAGGAAUUGGAAAGUUGCAGGUGUGGGAGGCGAAGUCAUUUCACGAUCGCUGCUUGAUGCUCUAAAAUCAUUGGAACUUGCCCAACUUCGCGUGUUCAGUGACUACGGUCCAGCUGAGGCAACAUUGUCUAGUUAUCGAAUUGAGCUGGACUACAAGUCUGAUUCUGUAACAGAGCGAGUACUACUGGGGCUUCAUUUGCCUAUUGUUUCUACUUAUAUUGUGGACCAAAAUCGGCAGCUUGUACCUCUUGGCUGGCUAGGCGAAAUCCUAAUUGGAGGUCCCGGUAUCAGCUCGGGAUACUUCAAACAACCUGAUUUGACUGCUGAGAAGUUUAUCCCGGACCAAUUUGCAAGCAUCAAUCAUGCCGAACACGGCUGGACGACCGUGUUCUGCUCUGGAGAUAGAGGUAGAGUGUGUGAGGAUGGCUCCCUUCUGUUCGAUGGUCGGAUUUCAGAAAGAACCCAGGUAAAAUUGCGUGGAUUUAGAGUUGAGCUAUCGGAUAUCGAACAAUCAAUAUUAGACGGUGCAGAUGGGCUUGUCACUUCGGCAGUCAUUACGGUUCGCGGGCAGCUUGACCUCAAAUUCCUGGUUGGUCACUUAAUAUUCACGCCAGGCAUAUCGGCUGAAAAACGCGAGUCGCUGCUACGUUUGCUACCACGCCAACUUCCGGUGCCAUCAUAUAUGUGUCCAGCUAUGCUCUUUGCGCUUGAAGAGAUGCCCAUGACAAGCCAUGAUGGGCAUAUGGAGGCCAUCUGGACACUUUGGUGCAGCGUGCUACCGCGGGAGGCAACCAUGUCGAUCAGGCCCGAGAAAGAGACUGAUUUUAUUUCUGCUGGCGAUCCAAUCGACUGGGAGAGCGAGAGCCGACUAAAUACUGAUUUAAUCAAUGUUAUCGAGCAAACUGGCACGAGAGCAUCCAAUGAGAAUGGUGGUGUUCAUGUGCUGGUCACCGGUGCUUCGGGAUUCAUCAGCCGCCACGUCUUGAAGCAACUCAACGAUAUGGAAGAAAUAUCCCGCAUUUCCUGCGUUGCAGUCCGCCAAAAAUCGUUCAAUUUGCUGCUCUCAGAGUCACUUUCGAAAGUUGAGGUCUAUAAAGGUGACCUGACUAGCCCUUCCCUAGGCCUUUCUGCCGAGCAUUUCAAGACUCUUGGUCAACAGGCGGAUGUCAUCUUGCACCGUGGAAGCGAUCGAUCGUUCUGGAACCCCUAUCGCUUACUUAGAUCAACAAAUGAAGGCUCAACAAAAGAACUACUGCGUCUAGCAGCACUCAGAAAGACACCGGUCAUCUUCAUCUCUUCCGGGGCUGUCGAGAAUAUCCACUCUGUUUCAGACCUUUCUCAGGCCGACGUCACUGGGUAUCUCGCUAGCAAAUAUAUCAAUGAGAUACUGUUGAAAGAGGCUCAGAAAACACUUCAAGUUCCAGUGACGAUUAUUCGCAUGCUUGAUGGGGCUACAAAGAAUGAUAAUGCAGGACACAAUCCCGUCAGCCGUUCUGAAGUUACUGAUGCAAUUUGCCGCAUGGGUACAAAGCUAGGCAAGCGAUUUCAACAUGAGGAUCUUUCCGGGUCCUCGAUGUCCUUUGCCCGCGUCGCAGAUUUGUCGAACUUUAUCUGCAGCGAGGUCCAACGGCUGCACAGAGAGAACCAUGGCAGCGGUGAAAUUCGCUACCACUACCAUGCCAAUUCAGCAUGUCUCAAUGGAGAGGGUUGGUGCACGCUGUUCGGGUUCGAGGGCUCUGCUCUUUAUCAGGAAUGGCGGAAACUACCCGUAAUUCCCGUCACGACAUGGUUUGGCGAAGCAAAGAAGCACGGCUUUGAGUACCUAAUCUCAUCACAGGUCAUCAAGCUUAACGAUAUUGUCUCUCAGAGAUAG